AUGUCGAAGCAUCAUCCGGAUUUGAUCAUGUGCCGGAAGAUGCCCGGGAUCGCGAUCGGGAGAUUGUGCGAGAAGUGCGAUGGGAAGUGCGUGAUUUGUGACUCGCACGUGCGCCCGGCGACGCUCGUCAGGGUGUGCGACGAGUGUAAUUACGGGACGAAUCAGGGGCGGUGUGUGAUAUGCGGGGGCGUCGGCGUGAGCGAUGCAUAUUAUUGUAAGGGUUGCACGAUCUUGGAGAAGGACAGGGACGGGUGUCCGAAGAUUAUCAACCUUGGGGCGGCGCGCACGGAUUUGUUUUACGAACGCAAAAAGUUUGGCUUCAGACCGCGCGACGGUUAA